AUGCCGAAGCGAACCAGGAAGGCGUCAGCGGCGCGCAAGUUGCCCCCUGCAACAGGGAAACGGAAAUACACUCGAAGGGCGACUGCUGCCGCGCCUACUGCAGUAGAUGGAGCCAUUGACGACACCACCGUAGGGGCAGCAGCGUAUAAUUCCUCCAAGUCUGCCAUCGAGGUGACGCAUGACCCAUCUACGCAGUGUGGCGGCGAUGGCGCCUUGUCCACGGACGGUCAUGACACGUGGGAGGAGGAGGAGGUGUACAGUGGACGGUACGAGCUGUCACCCGAGGAGACGUACCGGCAAACAAGUGCGCGCCUGCUGCUUCCCCUGCACGCCGUCCGCUUUGUGCUGACGCAGGCAAAAGAAGGUGCUACGGUCCCCUUCCUUGCGCGGUACCGGCAGGGCGAGACCGGUCGCAUGGACGAGAUGCAGUUGCGUCUUGUCAUGGAUACCGCCAAGGAGGUGACUGAGGUCCACCGUCGCCGCCAGUUCAUGCUGCGGAGCCUGGAAAGUCGAGGCUUGCUGACGCCGGCGCUUCAGUCGGCUCUCGAGUCCAUGGCACACGUCAGCCAGCUCGAGGAUGCGUGGGAGCCAUACAAGGAGCGUCGAACAAGCCUUGCCUCGCGCGGACGGGCUGCCGGACUGGGCCCGUACGCCGAAGCCCUCCUGCACUUCAACCCUGAGGACCCUGAGUGCAAGGUGCGCCUUGACGAGCUGAGUGCGUUGGUGCACCGCACUGACGAUGGGGAGCGGUUGCUAAUCGCCAUCAUUGCUGAAGACGUGCAGCGAAGCGGAGAGCUACGGCGCCGAAUUGGUGAGUACUGCCGUCACACAGCACGCCUGUCAUGCACACUGAUGACGAAGCCGCGCAAGAAGGUCGCGAGGGAGCUGCAGGAGGAGAGCUUUGAGGCGCUGCGCAGGCACUUUGCCUACUACGACAAGAAGUCCUGGUCAGUCCAGCGCAUCGCAGCGCACGUUGUGCUGGCGUUGCAGCGCGGCGAGGCGAAGGGCGCGCUGAAGGUAGACACAGAGUCAGGCCCGAAGAGCCACGGGCUAUUCAUGCACACCGUUCGCGAGCAGUACCCGGCCCUGAAUCGGCUGCUACCGUUAUCGUCGUCCUCGGUGCCCACUGCAGACGGUGCCGGUGCCUACUCCCACGUCUUUCAUGCUUUCAGCUAUGGACGUAAGAUUGUGCAUGCCGGCUUGCAGACUGCUUACGAUCACCUCGUCAAACAGGCCCAAUUUUCGAUUCGGAGAGACCUGAAGAAGAGCGCGGAGCGGGAGGCCAUCGUUGUGUUUGCGCACAACCUACACCACAUGCUUCUCCAGCGGCCUCUCUCCCGCUCACGCAUCUUGGCGAUGGAUCCUGGGCUGGCAAAUGGUGUGAAGUGCGUGGCGCUGGAUGAGCAUGGCGCAGUGGAGACCUUUUUCACCUGCACACUCAUGGACGAGCAGAAGAUGCGGCGCUAUGUCAUUCAGGUGAUUGAAUCAAAGAAGCUGAACAAAGUUGUGAUUGGCAACGGCACGGCGUCUGGGCGCGUGACGGACUUGAUUGCGGACCUCAUCAAGCAGCAGAAGUGGGAAGACGUAGAGUUUGCCGUCGUGAGUGAGGCGGGUGCGAGUGUUUACUCCGUUUCUGACAUUGCGAAAGAGGAGUUUCCAAAUCUCGAUGUCAUGUACCGUGGCGCGGUGAGCAUCGGCCGUCGUGUACUGGACCCUCUGAGCGAGCUGGUAAAGAUACCAGUGCGCAGCAUGGGCAUCGGGAUGUAUCAGCAUGACGUAAAUGAAAAGGAACUGAUGCGAGAGUUGAACUACGUACUGGAGUCCUGCGUCGCCAAGGUGGGAAUCAACGCGGCCAGCGCGAACCGGUGUGUCAUGGAGAAGGUGCCUGGGAUUAAUAAGAGAGUCGUGGAUCAGAUUGUGCUGGUGCGCCAUGCGAGGAAGUUGCAUAGUCGCGAAGACUUGCGGCGAGUGCCGGCCAUGACGGAGAGCGUCUACCAGCAGAUUGCAGGCUUCUUCCGCUUCCCCAACUCGCCAGAGCCACUCGACAACACGAGCAUCCACCCCGAGUCGUACCCGGUGGUGCGGCGUCUCGUGAUGCUGUACACGGCGGGCCAGCUGGGAGACGGCGAGAUGAUGGCCAAGAAGCCGGAGGACGCGGCAGGUGGUGCGGCGACGGCACUCGGCAACGCGUACACCCGCCAGCAGGUCGCCCAGCAGCUGGAGCGUAUGUCUCCCACUCAGCUCGCGAAGUUGGCCUCUGAGAAGCUGUCUUGCAACGUAGAAACGCUGGAGCUGUUACGCCAAGAGCUGCUUCACCCGGGAUUGGACCCGAGAGCCUCGCUUCCGCACGCGGGACUACUGCGCCGCGAGGUCUACGACGUGAAGAGCCUCCGUCCUGGUCAACUGCUUUCCGGUGUUGUGCAGAGCGUCACGAUGUUCGGUGCGUUUGUGGACUGUGGCCUGCACGACUCGGUGCUGUUGCGCGGAGAAGGCGUGGAUGCUCUGCAGGUGGGCAUGUACCUGAACCAGUGCAUCUGCUUUGACUCCCUCGACCACUUGAAGCGUCCGCGCAUGCUCUUGGUGGGCCCUCCUGCUCAUGCUGCCUCUGGCGCCAGCGCAGAUGGCAUGAAAGGAGGUGCGUCGUCAGCCGCACCUCGACGGCUUCGGCUGGAGGCCGAGGACGUUCUUGGAAGCAACGGCCGAGGCUUUGUCAGCCAAGCUGCACCGGCUGCGGGUCUCUACGAUUUGCAGGCGAGCCACGUGCAGGGGGACAUCACAGCAGCGGCCCCGACACUGACUGUGCGAGUAAUGCAGGAGCGCAAACGUCGCGCUGGGGAGGCGCUUGGUAGUGCAAACAGCACCUCGAUCCUCAGUUCAAUAAAGGUGGAGGAGAGAAGCCAGACGAACCUGACGUCUCGUGAGCACCUUUCUCACUCACCGGUUACAAAGCGAGCCCGGGCGGAGCCAGAGGCGGAUGCCACCGCUCGCCACGUGCAGCGGUGUGUGGAGACCGCCAUCGUUUCCUCUGCUGACGCUCGUCCACAUUCAACCCUGUACUCGCCGUUGCCGUCAAUUUCCACCUUGAAGGGUGGCUUCACGAAGCCGUCUGCGAACGCUUCGCAGACGUCGAAGCCGACUGCUCGUGGAGUACACGCGGGGGGUGUCAGUGACCAGCAUGGCACCGGUGGUGGCAGCAGCGACGCCGUCUUCUCAUUUUGA